CACAGCCAUCCUACAUAUUUCGAGAUGCCGCUUCUUCACCUGGCGAAUGAAUUACUCUGCUCCAUAUCGGAAAACCUGCAAUUAGAGAGAGACAUCAACGCAUUUGCACAAACCAACCGUCGCCUUUAUCAUUUGCUAAACAGUUAUCUCUACCGUUACAACAUACGACAUUCAGAAAGCUCGGCGUUAUGGUGGGCUGCCCGACAUGGCCAAGAGGCAACGGCUCAAAAGUUGCUCGAAGAGAGAGCCGAUGACCAAGGCGCAAGUGACUGGUAUUGGCUUCUGUGCGUGGCAGCAGAGCAGGGGCAUAAAGGGAUGGUAAAACUGCUUCUCGACAAGGAUGCCGCCGGUGACGGUCAGGGUGGAGGGUAUGGCGAUGCACUCCAGGCGGCUUCAUAUAAAGGCCACGAACAGAUUGUAACACUACUAAUCGAUAGGGGCGCUAAUGUUAACGCGCAGUGUGGACAGUAUGGCAACGCACUCCAGGCGGCUUCAUAUAAAGGCAACUUGCAGAUUGUGAAGCUACUGCUAGACAAAGACGCAGAUGUUAACGCGCAGGGUGGUCAGUUUGGUAACGCACUCCAGGUAGCUUCAUAUGGAGGCCAUGAGUCGAUCGUGAAGCUACUGCUCGAGAGGGGCGCACAGCAGCAGCUAUAGGUUAUUGCAAUAGGAACACGUUGAUGAACAUGUCCAAGAUAUUAAUGUAAUUUAGCACUAGUUGCUCG